AUGUCCCACUCCCGGCAAAAAUCAAGUCUCUGGCAAUUCGACUCUGGUCUUGGAGGAGGAGGUUUUGCCGGGAAAAAUCGCGGCCCCGUAGGAGGAGGCUUUUGUACUAUCUUCGGGGACGGUGAGAGAGGCCUGCUCUCUGGCAAUGAAAAGAUAACCAUGCAGAAUCUGAAUGACCGCUUAGCUAUCUACUUAGACAAGGUCAGAGCUCUGGAGGAGGCCAACAAGGAGCUCGAGUUCAAAAUCAAAGAGUGGUAUAAGAAAUUCGGUCUGGAAGCUGGUAGUCGCGGAACCAAGCGAGACUACAACAAAUAUUUCCAGCUAAUUGAAGAGCUUCAGAAUCAGAUCUUGGAUGUGACCACUAGCGGUGCCAGCAUCAUGCUCCGGAAUGACAAUCUGCGAUUAGCUGCGGAUGACUUCAAACUGAAGUACGAGACCGAGCUGGCUCUAUGCCAGGGCGUGGAAGCCGACAUCAAUGGCUUGCGUAGGGUUCUGGAUGACAUGACCUUGUCUAAGACUGAUCUGGAGAUGCAGGUGGAAACUCUGAGGGAGGAAUUGGCCUACCUCAAGAAGAACCACGCAGAGGAAAUGAAAGGCUUGCAGCCUGCUUCGGGCUCGGAUGUGAGCGUGGAAAUGAACGCAGCCCCGGGAACGGAUCUGGCCAAACUUCUGAAUGAUAUGAGGGCUCAGUAUGAAAAUCUGGCGGAACAGAACCGCAAAGAGGCUGAAGCCUGGUUCCGCGACAAGAGUGAAUCAUUGCAACAGCAGAUUUCCAUGGUAACUGAUGAAUCCAACACAGCCAAGAGUGAGAUGAUAGAGCAGAAACGCACUCUCCAAGCCCUUGAGAUCGAGCUCCAAUCUGCCAUGGCCCUGAAAAACUCUCUUGAAGGAAGCUUGGGGGAAACGGAAACAAACUACAGAGCUCAGCUUUCACAAACCCAGGUUCAAAUCAGCGCGCUGGAGGCUCAGCUACUUCAGAUCCGGACUGAAAUGGAAAGCCAGAGCACGGAAUACAACCAGCUUCUGGAUGUCAAGACCCGCCUGGAGAAUGAGAUCGAGACCUACCGUCGCCUGCUAGAAGAAGAGGGAGGUCACGGCAGUGGAUCCAGAACAGGAAACCUAGUCAAAGAACCAACAAAAACAUUUCUGUACAAAACCAUCGUUGAGGAGCUGGUCGAUGGAAUUGUUGUUUCAUCUCAGAUAAAGAAUGUCCACCAAAGAUCGGCUUAAAAGAGACCUUGGGAAAGAAAACCCAUGAUUUGAGGACCCUUUAAUCUACUGCAUUUAGAGAUGCAAAA